GUCGGAAGUUUGACCUAUUUUCGAAUAUCCGGAUUUUUGAGAUCAUUAUUUUUUUUAAAGAUCGGUGUUUUCUGCACGUCGGCGCAUACUUGUGUAUACAUACUAGGUACAUAUACCACUAGGCCAUCACGAUGGACGGACUUAAAAGCAUCUUGCGGAAACCGACAAUGGACGAGAGUCACACGGAGACGGAGGCUGCGUCCCCCCGCAGAAUCAGCGUUUCGUUUGGAGACGUGCUGGCGCGCGAUGUUGAGGGCGGCGCGGUUGUGCCGUCGUCGACGAGAUCGAGGGUCGAGUGGAUGCAGGAGGUUAAUGCGCGGCGCGGCGCGGAUCUUAUUGAGAAGUUUAGAGAUGCGCAGGGCGCGAGGGCGUGUUGUGUUGGGGUCGGGGAGAGUGCUGGGAGGGAGGUGGUGCUUUAUGCGCUUGCUGAGGGGGAGGGGGAGGAUGAUAGUGGGAGUGAGACGGAGGAUGAGGAUGAGGAUGAGGAUGAGGAUGGAGAUGAGGACGAGGUGAUUGAGGUUGUUUUUGAGCGUGAUAGUGAUGAUGAUGGUGAUGAUGCCGAUGACAACGAUGAUGAUGACGAUGACGAUGACGACGACGAUGAGAAGAGUGAGGAUGAGGAGAAAAAAGACGAGACGAAAGGGGAGAAAGACAGUAUGGAGUACGCCCGAACGUUCCUUCAGUCGGAAAUCGGAAGUCGAUGUCCGAUGGUAUACUAGCUCGGCGUCCCUCUUGAAACCAUCAAUGAAUCAAGACGCCAAUGUGGUCAAGUGUACUUGUUUU